GUGAUUGUCCUACCAAGAAGAUCAUCCCAUCCCUUCUCAUCCCGUUGAUCCAUCUCGUCGGCAUUCUCCUUAUCAAAUUUCUUGUGUUUCCCGUUGUGAUCCGUUCGCCCUACGAGGCUAUCCAAAAACAAAUUCCACUGCCGCACUUGGCGGUUCGUCAUACCUUGAAUCUAUCAGGUACCGCCAAUUGAUCGUCCAUACUAUUUCACGUGCUCUUGGCGGGGUCAUUGAUUUCUCGGAUCUUCUCCGGUUCUCCGAUUGUUCCUGUGCUACUCCGUAUAUUUCUGUAGAUUGAUUUUGAGUUCAAUUCUGUACAAAGAUACCCUUUCAUAUCUCCCUACCUCUACUAUGGCUUCACCGAAAUAUCUUACCGGCGAUCAAUCUGCCAUAAAUGAUUUUAUUGAUCAUUUCGACGUGCGUUGAGUCAGUCCUACAAAAGCUUCAAGGCUUAAACAUUGUAGGGCAACGCUGACUUUUCUUCGCUUUUCAGGUCUUCCUAUUUGAUUGCGAUGGUAUAUGCGAUGAUUACAAUCCAAAAUAACAAUAUGCUAAUGGGCAAAAGGUGUUCUUUGGUCCGGGGAUCAUCUCUUCGAAGGGACCGUCGAGACUUUGGAAUUGUUGAGGUCAAAAGGUUAACUUGGAAACUCUGUUGAUUGGAUGAUUGCUGAUGAUAAAGAAUUCCAGGCAAGAAGAUUGUCUUUGUAACGAAUAACUCCACGAAAUCGAGAGCCGAAUAUCAGAAAAAACUUACUACUCUUGGUAUACCAAGUAAUAUCGAUGAAAUCUUCGGUUCGGCCUACUCCUCCGCAAUUUACAUAUCUCGAAUCCUCAAGCUUCCAGCACCCAGAAAUAAGGUCUUCGUUCUAGGUGAAACUGGUAUUGAAACAGAGUUGAAGACAGAAGGAGUGGAGUUUAUUGGAGGAACAGAUCCAGCUUAUCGUCGCGACAUUACACCAGAGGAUUAUAAGGGCAUCGCAGAUGGUUCAUUACUCGAUGAUAAUGUUGGUGUAGUUUUGGCUGGCUUGGACUUUCAUAUCAAUUAUCUCAAGCUAUGCCAUGCUUACCAUUAUCUGCGUCGAGGCGCUAUAUUUCUGGCCACAAAUACUGACAGUACUUUACCAUCAAACCAUACCUUCUUCCCUGGAGCUGGAUCUAUAUCAAUCCCAUUGAUCAAUAUGAUAGGAAAAGAGCCAACAGCAUUAGGCAAACCAAAUCAAGCAAUGAUGGAUUCUAUUGAAGGUAAAUUUCAAUUCGAUCGUAAGAAGACAUGUAUGGUUGGAGAUCGAUUGAAUACGGAUAUCAAGUUCGGCAUUGAAGGUAAACUUGGAGGUACCCUAGCUGUAUUGACUGGAGUAUCUAAGAAAGAUGAAUGGGAGGUCGAUAAUGCUCCUGUAGUACCUGCGUACUAUGUUGAUAAACUAAGUGAUCUGAGGGGUUGAGCGGGAUGAGGGAACGGAUGGGGCCGAAGGGCGAAGGGUGGACGGUGGAGCGUGGAGGGGCAGAGACGUGCAACACAACAUGGAAGUAUGACCGGUUCCGUAGACAAUAGAAGAUGGAUGUGAGAGACGUUCGAUGGAAGGAUAAAGUAGAAUGAGUGGUGGAAUGCCCGGUAGAAAAGUAUUGGUGUUAAGGGGUAUCAUGGUUAUUCACGGAACCACGUAGCAGCACUUGGUCAUUUGGUAGUAGAUCUAGCCCCUCUAUUAGGCGCAAUGAAAAAGUAAACUAAAUUCCGAGCGAUUGCA